UAUAAAAACAUAAAAAGUGUGAGAGGUUACAUCUAAAUUAGUGUUGUUAAAAUAUGUAAUGUUUAAUAUCACUAAUAAAUGUAGACGAAUUAUUUGUCAGUAAUUCUUAGAUAAAGUAUCUGGGAUUUAGUUAGUCAGACUAGUUCUUAAAACACAGCCUUGACAUAAUGGUUGUUUAUGCAGCUGGGUCAAUUCCUAUGAUAACAACUUUCAUUAUUGCUUGACAGAAUCAACCAGCAUAUUAACUACUUUUAAAUCUUCUUGCUUUAGCUAGUUAACCAUUAGGCCACGCCAGCCUCUUAUACGGGCUUUGCCCCCCACGGACAUCCCUGUGCCCCCCUCCGGACCGAGGGGGACUGCCGGACUUUAGUUUAGCAUGUAUAAUAGUCUAACUCAUAGUGCAAAAUAGUCUGAUUGCUUUUAGAUGGAAAAACUGCCCAUAACUCCUGGUCUAGGAUCUGUUUUCUUUGUAAUAAUAGCAUAACGAGAUAGAUUUGGCAAACAAUCCAGUGUAUCUUCUGCUUUGGAAAGCGUCAGCAAAGUAGCCAAUCACAGACCUGUUUGUUGAUUUCUACAACGCAACGGCCAAUCAGAGGUGUUUAGGUUGUAAUCCACGCACUCACCGCUUUUUGUCCAGCGCCGAGUUCUAUCAUGCUCGUAACUUCAUUAAAAAAAUAAAAAUAAAAUAAAUUUAAAGGAAGCGCACUUUGCAUGCUGUAUACGAUAAUAUAUUCAGAAUUUAAAUAAAAUUUGUUUUUCAUGCUUGACAAGCGACCACGUACGACACAGAGUUAGCUAACUACUACACUAUAUAGAUCAAGAUAAUAAUUUCAGAAGCACAAAUGUGUUUUGUGAUUCUGCAACCGAGCCUGGUCCAAAUGCAGGAUUUAGGUAAGGAAACGGUUAUUAAUUAUUUGUAUUGGCUGCCAUGCCAAAUCAUGCCCCUGCUUGCUUCUCUGUUUAAUUUAAGUGUAUUAUUGUAAAGUGUUACCCGAAUAAUGCAUUUUGUGCGUUUACUUGAAACCACAUUCGCCGUGCCUGCAUACGGGGCACCUGCCUGUUGUGUUCUGACAUUUGUUGUUGACCAGGAAUUUCUAGACAAAGCACCAUAACAUCAAGUUACCACCACCAGAACGGCUGUCCAUGCUUCGCUUUAACUGCACGCUAUUACUGGAAAAGAUUACAUAAUUGUAGCAGAGCUUAUAGUUGAGACGAUCAAUUGCUUUCGAAAAAGGUCUUUCUGCUCUCGUACAUUAGAUGAAAUAGUCCUCUUUCAAAACCACUCACUGUGGCUGUAAUUCAGUAAUAGGUCUGCAGUUAUUGUAGUUACUUUGCUGCUGUUUGUCUGUUAUCUCUUAUGGCUCACAUACACAAUAUAACUCUCCUAUUGUCUGUAAUUCUUGAGUCAGAAAAAGAAAGAAAGAAAAAAAGCUGUCUGGAAAAUUGUGCGGAUGAUCCCAUACCAGAUUCCUUUGAUUUUUCAGAGAGAAAUAUGACCAAAACAAAAAAUGAUGCAGGCCUUGUAGUCACAAAACAAUUUGGCUUCCAUAUCAAAAAGGUAUAAUUUAUCCCUCCCCCCAAAAAAGCCUCUCGCCAUGUCUAAAUAGUCCAUAUCUGGCUAAACUUCUUUGUCAUUGAAUUUUUUGGCCGCAAUGCUAUCGCGCCACAAUCAGUCUCCACGUAACUCGACCUUGCUCCUACUUUAUCUACAUUAUGCUCGUAGCAGACAGAGGCUUUCUCGUGGUGUGACAGGCGCAAUAUCCACUGCAGUAAAACCCUAUUUUCCCAGCUUUGUUCUCAAAUGCAUAGGAAUGGGUUAGCUGGGCCCUGGAGGCAAACUGAAGUGCUCUGAUUGCGAUCUAAUGAAGCCAUCAAUUAAUGUGACAAAGUUUCUGGACACCCUUCAGCCAAAGGCAAGAGCAAGCCUUUAUUCCACCUUUACUUGAGUUACGCUUAAAUCACAGGAAGGAAUUACAGCAAUGAUGGUGAUAACCACAGUGACUCAGGUGUUUCGUGGCUUAUUGUUAACUCUGAGGAGUAAAUCAGUGUUUUCGGUGGAUGAAUCAAAUGUGAAAUGUAGCUAGAUCAUUAACUGAUGCAUCUUACUGGAGUUUAGGAAGUGCUUGGUUGUCUUUAGAAGGUAUGCAGUUGUGCAACAAAAGACAUAUUGUUUACUUGUAACUAUCUCUUACAAAAAUUCAGUUAUUUUUUAAAUAUGUUAAUAUGAUUAUGUGCUGAAAACUUUCAGCUUUUAGUUUCAGAGGAAUUUAAACAGCUUCUCUUUUAAGAAAACAAGCUAAAUGUAAUGCUAAAUGCAAGCUAUAUUAUAAAAAAGGUUAAAAAAGGAAGCUAAAAUGCUAAAUGUAAGCUAUAUAUAAAAAGGUAAAAAAAAAAAAAAGGAUUUAGUAUUAAAAUAAUAAAUCCAUGUCAUGACUCCUUUAAGAAAAAUUUACAUGUAUAUAUUAUCCUAUUUAUACAUUUAUGAUUUAUAUUAAAUAUAUGCAUGUAUAAAUAUACAGAGUACACACACAUAUUAUAUAAACAAACUUUUAUUUUGUAAUGCGAUGAAUCAAUUUGACAGCACUAAUGUAAAUAUAAAUAAAUAAACAUGAUACAACAAAUAUGAUAAUAGUUCAGUACCAUGGUUUAAAUCAAAGUACCUUGUAUGAGCACAGUGCUUUUUGUUAGGCUUGUUUAACCCGCAUGUGGAUAUAUUAAAGACUGUGCUUUUCAAAUGAGUUUCCCCCGUGACCUUUCUAGCCACAGGUACAGAUUGAGUCUCAGUCCCUUGUCUCCCCGCUCAUCCAGUACUGACCUCAGAACAGCUUUGAACAUCUUUGCUAGACCGUACUCCACCGGAGAGCCUCAGAGGACCCUGACAUUUAAAUAAAAGAUGCUGUAAUCUGGGAGAAAUGUCGUGCCUUACACGGGUGGCCAAAAUCUGAUAACAUGGAAUAGCUGUUAAAGCAGAAUGAGGAAAGGUGGCUUCACUUAAAGACUAACCUCUCUCUUCAUGUUCAGGUUUCAAGUAGGCACUGCUCUAAUCAGAGAUGGAUGCAUUGCCAUACCCUGCAAUUUACAUGUUGUUUACCAGUUUUACAGCACCAACAUCUUGCCUAACAUCAUCUUUUGUGGCCUGCAGACGAAAGAAAGUCUUCUUUUUGGAACGACAUGAGGUGCAGAUGACACUGAGGAAAAAGAACAGCUGUUCUUUUGUUGAUACAUCAAAAUCUUGGUCAUAGAUCAGGCUCUUCACCCCCAGAGCUUUAGGAUCAACAUGCCCUGGUAGAGAGCUUUGUAAGCACCUGGAGCCAUGGCACCUGCUGUUGGAGGUCCUGUGGGAUACACCCCUCCUGAAGGUGGCUGGGGUUGGGCCAUAGUGUUUGGUGCCUUCAUUUCUAUUGGUUUCUCCUACGCCUUCCCAAAGUCCAUAACUGUGUUCUUCAAGGAAAUUGAAGUGAUCUUCCAUGCCACCAGCAGUCAAGUGUCCUGGAUCUCUUCCAUCAUGCUUGCUGUCAUGUAUGGAGGAGGUCCUGUCAGCAGUAUCCUGGUCAAUAAGUAUGGAAGUCGACCUAUUAUGAUUUUAGGAGGCUGCCUCUCAGGAGCAGGGCUCAUCGCUGCCUCUUUUUGCAAUACCGUCGAAGGCUUGUACUUCUGUGUCGGUGUAGUGGGAGGUCUGGGACUGGCAUUCAAUCUCAACCCAGCUCUCACAAUGAUUGGCCAAUAUUUCUACAAGAAGCGCCCAAUAGCUAAUGGUAUCGCUAUGGCUGGUAGCCCAGUCUUUUUGUCUACUCUGGCUCCCCUGAACACCUGGUUCUUUGACCAUUUCGGCUGGAGAGGGAGCUUCUUGAUCCUAGGUGGACUUCUGCUGAAUUGUUGUGUAGCUGGAUCACUGAUGAGGCCCAUUGGGCCAAAACCCCAACCCGCUGUUAAAGCUGCUAACAGUAAUAGCGAAGCCAGAGAGCAAAAGAGUGUGAUGCAGAUCAUCAAUGGUUUUAUCGAUCUGACACUCUUCAAGCAUCGUGGCUUCUUGCUUUACCUUCUGGGUAACGUGGUCAUGUUCUUCGGCCUCUUCUCUCCUCUUGUGUUCCUCAGUAAUUACGCCAAGAGUAAGGAAAUUCCCAAGGAGAAGGCAGCUUUUCUGCUCUCUAUCCUGGCCUUUGUGGAUAUGGUUGCACGACCUUCAAUGGGAAUAAUCGCCGGCACGAAAUGGGUGAGACCAAGGGUGCAACAUUUCUUCGCCGCAUCCAUUCUCCUUAACGGUGUGUGCCACCUGCUUGCCCCUCUGUCCACAGACUACACAGGGUUUGUGAUUUACGCCAUCUUCUUUGGGUUUGCCUUUGGCUGGCUGAGCUCUGUGCUGUUUGAGACCCUCAUGGAUCUUGUGGGAUCUCAACGUUUCUCCAGUGCUGUGGGACUGGUGACGAUUGUAGAAUGUGGGCCAGUGUUACUGGGGCCUCCUUUAUUAGGGAAGUUCAAUGACAUCUACAAUGACUACAAAUAUACAUACAUGGGCUGUGGAAUUGUCCUGCUGGCUGGCAGUUUGUUUCUUUUCAUCGGAAUGGGCAUCAACUACAAGCUACUGGAUAAAGAAGCAAAAGAAGAAUCCAAGAGAGCCAAUCUGCAGGAGGAACCUGGCAAAGAGGUUGUACAAGCACUGAAAGUACCUGAUGACAAUACUGCAGAGGAUGCUGUGUGACAAUAGCUGAUCCUGGUUUUAUUCUGGGUGAUUCUUACAUUUCUGCACUCUCUACAUUGAGGAUCUGAUUACAGACAUCCAUCUUGGUCUAUUCGGGUCACUGAGGCAGUGAUGCAAACAUUUCAGUGCCUUGCAUGAGCACAUGGUCGUGCAAUUGAUAUUUUUAUUUUUAGAAUUUAACUUUAGUUUAAAACGUAUGCAUUUACUGUAGGACAAGAACUGUGGCCAUUAUUUUGGGGCAUUUUAUGUACGCUGAGAGUGGGAGAAAGAUUAAAUCAGUGAAUAUAUGAAGAAUUAAUCUGCAAGAAACAAAUGUUGCCUUCUAACAAAAAAGAUACUGGAGCAAUGUGAAAGCAGUAGAUGUGCAAAUACUGUCUCAUUGAAUAUAUGCACAAAUUAAGCAUAAUUUGGUAAAUAUUUUCCAAGUUAAAACAAUUAAUGCAUUGUUUUGUCAGUAUCCAUGGUCAGCGUCUGUUAUUUUGUAUAUUCUUAUGCAUGUGUGUCUAUGUGUGUAGUCUAGCAAUUUAGUGAUAAAAGAUUAUUUACUUGUUUCAAACUGUGUAAACACAAAAGCAAUUUGUGUACAUAGAGUAAUGGGAAAUUGUUUGUUAAAUGCCAAAUAAGUUACUAUCAGAAUAGAUUUAAAUGUUUGUCAUUUUUAUGUUGCAAAAUGGUUCAAAUAAAAAUUAU